AAACCCCUGCACUACGGGACCCUCCUGGGCAGCAGAGCUUGUGCCCACAUGGCAGCAGCUGCCUGGGCCACUGGCUUUCUCAAUGCUCUGCUGCACACAGCCAAUACAUUUUCCCUGCCCCUGUGCCAGGGCAAUGCCCUGGGCCAGUUCUUCUGUGAAAUCUCCCACAUCCUCAAGCUCUCCUGCUCACAGUCCAACACCAGGGAAAUUGGGCUCAUUGUGGUUAGUGCUUCUUUUUGUUUUGGUUGUUUUGUUUUCAUUGUUUUCUCCUAUGUGCAGAUCUUCAGGGCUGUGCUGAGGAUCCCCUCUGAGCAGGGACGGCACAAAGCCUUUUCCACGUGCCUCCCUCACCUGGCCGUGGUCUCCCUGUUCCUCAGCACUGGCACUUUUGCCCAUCUGAAGCCCCCCUCCAUCUCCUCCCCAUCCCUGGAUCUGGCCCUGUCAGUUCUGUACUCGGUGGUACCUCCAGCACUGAACCCCCUCAUC